UUACUACGCAUGCGUACUUCGUGCCGAAACAGCCAUCUUUACCGCCAGCGUGGGUUCCGUGUUCACAGAAUUUGAAGAAAAGAAAUUUGCUUUUGUGGUGAGAAGGAUCAAAGACAUUGAUACGACUUAUAUACAAUAAGACACAAUGGGAGAUGAAAGUAAAAUGUACGUUGGAAAUGUUAGCUUUAACACAACAGAAGAUGAUUUAAGAGAUCAUUUCGAGCGAUUCGGAACCAUUGAGUCAUGCAACAUUGUUUUGGACCGCGAAACUAAUCGGUCAAGGGGAUUCGCAUUCAUCACAUUUAGCGAUCCAAAAGCAGCCAACGAUGCGGUCGCAGAAUCACAUACGCUGGAAGGACGUUCUCUUAAAACGUCGAUAGCGGAAUCGAAGAGGGGUGGUGGCCGAGGUAGCUAUGGCGGCGGUGGCGGCUAUGGAGGUGGCGGUGGCGGCUAUGGAGGAGGUGGCGGCGGCUAUGGAGGAGGUGGCGGCUAUGGCAAACGUGACAACUACCAGCAACAAUCCUAUGGAGGAGGGGAUUCCUACGGCGCAGGUGGUUACGGAGGAAGCAAAAACUACAACGACGGACGUGGUGGUGGCAGCAGAGACGGGGGCUACCAAUCGGGCGGCGGGCGAGGUGGCUACAGUGGCGGCUGGUAGGUGAAUACAACACGUGUUUUAUGGUUGUACUCGCUCCCAUCUGACUUUAUCACCAGCAUCGCUCCAUAUCUUAUAUAUAUUGCCUAUAUAUAUAAAUCAGAGCGACAGACUUGAUGACAUUAAAUGUUAACUGGCUUAAUAAUCAGUUAAACUUCAUUUCUUGUAUUGGAUCUACAAAGAAAAACUUCGACUUUAACAUUAGACAAUAAUUGAUGGUUUCCAUAAAAUUCCAUUUGAAAUAGUUAUUAUAAUAAAAAGGUUGUACAUAGAUUAUCGUGAUUUCUUUUUUAGUUCACUAGACUAGACCGAAAACUUCAAAGGCUGAGUAAAUGUUAACCCAAAGCACAUAAUAAUCAUGUACUUCAAUAUCUUUGGACCUGAUAUUUGCAGAACUAUAUUUAUUUAAAACCAUAGAUUUUUCUUAAAGUUGGAAUUGUUCUCAUUGCCCCUUGGAUCUACUAUUUUAAAAUACGGCCAAACAAAAAAUAAAAUUGUUUCUUGUAACAUGUUUGAAAUUGAAAAAAAUCUGUACUGGGAACAUUUUAUUUUCAAAUACAAUUGUAUUUGGUUUAUAUAGAAGAGUGAUCAUGAUCUUGAUUUCAACAGUGCUUCUUUGAAAGUUGAUAGAAAAUUUAAGGGUAGGUUAAAAAAAAUGGAACAUAGGGUUAACGGAAACAACAUAUUUUUUGUUUGGCCAAAUCAGGGUGUACAGCUCGGUAACCAGUUCAUUGUUCUUGGAAAACAUUUUUGCAUAUUUCUUUUUUUUUUUGAUCUUGCAGUAUAUAUAUGUAAUGUGCUGAUAUCAUUGUUAUGCCUAGAUUUUUUUUAAUGAAAGUACUCUGGUUCCAAAGUAUCUUUGUUACGUCUCUAUGCCACAUGUUUUUGCAAGAUAUGGAAUAAAACUAGAAGCUGUAUUGAGUUUGUAUUCAUCGUAGAAAGGCACAAUUUCAUAAAAUUAACUAGAACUAUAUUGGCACACUUGAGCAUAAUUUGAUCGGUCAUGUGCAAAAGUGUCCUGACUGGGGUGCAGUUAGUCCAUCAGCAUAACAUUGAAUAUUUUUUGCAGUGUAAUUUUCAACUAUCAAUUGCAAUAAAGAAGUUAAUAAAACAACUCCUUUUAAUGGAACCCCAUUUUAAUAUUAAGACAAUCUACAUACACUGUCUAGAUAUCAGCAUUGUUUAGCUGCAGUAUCAUUUUAAAGUCCUGGUAUUGUUGCUAUAGGAAAUUAAUCUGAAAAUAUUAUGUUUGCAACAACAAAAGAAGGACCCAUUUCUUCAACAAAAUCUCUUUAGUAUUAUGAACAUUAAUUACAACAAUAAUUUAUACAUAUAUAUGCUCAUACACAUCGAUAUAUACAGUAUGAACAAAAAAGGAAACUGCUCCCAAAAAGUUGUAGGCAAACCAUCAAACCAUCAGACAAAUGGGUUAUAUUUACAUUAAAGUGUAAAGAGAAAGGAAAAUUAUUCACUCUGUUGUCUGUUGAGAAAUUUGAUAAUUUGAAUUUAUAUUUUUUAAGUUUUGUAACAUACUCGUGUUUUACAAAUGAUGUAGAUUUAUUUUUAUGACCAUUCAAGAACUGGGUCGAGCAACUUGUGCAGUAUCAAAAUAUUGAUUGGAAAUAACUAGGAAAUGAGUGUUCCUUCUCUUGUAUUGUAACAGUGAUAAAUCAGUCCCAUGAAAAUGUACUGUGCUUGUAAUGAGCUUACUUCCAUGUGUAAUCCAAAUGCAAUUGAUGUAUAUUAUAUGGGGGAAGAUAUGUUCUGGUUUAUUCGUGUUAGUUUUAAUACUAAGUUAAUGUUUGGAAAGCAAAAACAAAAUGAAGAAAUGCUGUAAUACUAGAUAAAAAUAAAAAGUGAUUAGUAAUUAUA